UGAAAUUCGUAAGUGGCCAAUAUUUAAGAAUGUUCCAAAAAUAUAACAAGUCUAAAAUAACAAUUACAAAAGUCAAACGAAAAGACGUGUACUCCAAAUAAAAUGAUUUUCGCCGUUGUCCUGUGCGCCCUGUUCGCCGCCGCUGCUGCCAGUCCUGGUCUGCUGGCCUACAACGCCCCCCUGGCAUACUCCACCCCCCUGGCUUACAGCUCCCUGCCAGCUGCCGCCCCCCUCGCCUACACCGCCGCCUACACCUCCGCCUACGCCCCCUACGUCGCCCCCUAUGCCAGCAGCUACAGUGCCCACAGUGUGGCCCACAGCGCCGCCCUGCCCGCCGUUUAUGCCGCCGCCCCUGUGGCCACCAUCCUCAAGAAGUGAGAUGUCCCCGGAUGCCGAAGGGAUCCUGCAAGGAUGCCGCACGUGUCCAGCAGACAUCGUCACUGCCGCUGCAAAAGAUACAGAUACAAACAGAGAUGGAGAUAC